GGCUGGAGGGCGACGGGCAGUGCUACUGCUGCCUGGCAGUCCGCCAGCGUUAGGCAGCGGCCGGGGAGACGUUCAGUGCCCUGGCGCCUUGGUUCCUUCCCGACGGGUUUCCUGCCCGUUGGAGGAGCGGGCGGUGCGGGUGGCAGCGGUGCUUUCCUCAGCCCCAAGUACCGGGGCUGCUCGCCGGCUCCGUGCCCGGCCGUUCGGUGUGCUCGCCGCGUGACGUGGGAUGGUUGUGGACGAUAAUAAAAGCUUAUUUUUUGAGGGAAAAGCCUCGGCGUGUGCUGGUGGCUGGGGAGAUACCAGCCGGGCGGUGGGCCCCGUGCUGUGGCGGAGCCGUUCGGUGCGGUGCGUCACUCGGUUGAACGGCUCUGGGGCUCUUCCAGUAGUGACACCACGGGAUGAGCGUUUCUCUUCAGCCUCUCUGUUCUCUUCCUGCGGCGUCCGCAGUUAUUUCUGAGCGGUUCUUCUGCUGUUGCUGUACGGGUUUGAUAACUGGGGGGGCGGAGGAACUUCUUUCGUGGCUGAGCAAGCCUUCUCUGCAUUGCUGAGACACUGGAUACUGGUUUCUUUAUAACAAGGAAAAUCUGAAUUCCUGUAACACUGAGGAUGGGGAAGGAUUAUUAUUCUAUUCUGGGAAUUGAAAAAGGGGCUUCUGAAGAAGAUAUCAAAAAGGCUUACAGAAAGCAAGCCCUUAAAUGGCAUCCAGAUAAGAACAAGUCUGCCCAUGCAGAGGAAAAAUUCAAGGAGAUUGCAGAAGCUUAUGAAGUGCUGAGUGAUCCCAAAAAGAGAGACAUUUAUGAUCAGUUUGGGGAAGAAGGUCUGAAAGGAGGAGCUGGAGGACCUGAUGGACAGGGUGGUACCUUCCGGUAUUCCUUCCAUGGUGACCCGCAUGCUACAUUUGCAGCUUUCUUUGGUGGCACAAAUCCUUUUGAGAUCUUCUUUGGAAGGAGGAUGCCUGGUGGCAGAGACACUGAAGACAUGGAGGUGGAUGGUGAUCCAUUUGGAUCCUUCACUAGUUUCAGUAUGAAUGGUUUUCCAAGGGAAAGGAAUACAGUGGGUAGCCAGUUACGUCGUAAACAAGAUCCCCCUGUAAUUCAUGAGCUUAAGGUGUCAUUGGAAGAGAUAUAUCAUGGCUGCACAAAACGAAUGAGGAUUUCACGUAAGAGGCUGAACCCAGAUGGUAGAAGUGUCCGAACAGAAGACAAAAUUCUCACUAUUGAGAUAAAAAGAGGAUGGAAAGAAGGCACCAAAAUCACUUUUCCAAAAGAAGGUGAUGAAACACCCAACACAAUUCCAGCUGACAUUGUUUUUAUCAUAAAAGAUAAACCUCACUCUCAUUUCAAGAGAGAUGGAUCAAAUAUUGUCUAUCCUGUUAAGAUCAGCUUAAGGGAGGCAUUGUGUGGCAGCGCUAUCAAUGUGCCGACAAUAGAAGGAAGAACCAUACCCAUGACAGUAAAUGAAGUUGUAAAGCCUGGGAUGAGAAGAAGAAUUAUAGGAUACGGUUUGCCAUUUCCUAAAAAUCCUGACCAACGUGGAGACUUAAUUAUAGAGUUUGAAGUAAUUUUCCCAGAUAACAUUUCUCCAGCAUCAAAAGAAGUACUUAGGCGAAAUCUUCCAGUUUCAUAAAAUAAAGACUAUGUCAGCUGUUUAAGCAGGACACUGGAAAUGCAGAAGACUGGCAAGUCUGUGCUUUAAAAGUGCAAUGUAUAACAACUAGUGGAAUAUUUGUUGUUUUUUUUGUUUGUGGGUUGGGUGGGGGGAAAUACUGUAAUGCUGCAUGAGAAGAAAAGAGUUAAGUACAAGUCAUGCAGAUGACUUCUGCAGUAUAAUUUACAGGGAAAACCACUCAUUUUAUUUUAGGUCUUCCUAAUCAGAAAAGCUUAUUCAGUAUUUUGCUUAAUAUAAAGUGUAGUCAGUUCUUACAAAGCCAAUGCAUAUUCCUGAUAAAGUACUUGAGCCACCAAGUGCUUUAUUUCUUAUAUCCCUACUCUAUCUAUAAUGUUAACAGUUUAUACAGAAAUUGGACAUAGUAGUGGAAAUGUACACAUGUGAAUAUUUUAAAUUACAAAGCAGUAAAGAUACUGUUUGGCAUGUUGCUUUCCAUUGCACAAAGCGUAAACUGGAAGAAUUGGCUUGGACUCCUAAAUUGCCCCCCAGUGAAAUGAAAGCAUCUUCUUUGUUGCCUCAGAAUGUGAGAGAACUACAUUGCAAGUCUAGGAAAGGGCAUGUAGCUUGAGGAGAAAGUAGCCAUUUGUUGUGUAGUUCCUCAUGCUUCAGGCAGAACAGCAAGAAAGGAUUCUACAAGUACAUAUACAGCAAGUGUGGGCCUGCUGUCAAAUGGGACAGGGAAACUGGGUGACAAAUGGAGAAGGUUGAGGUACUCAGUGCCUUCUUUACCUCAAUCUUUACCAGUAAAACAGUCUUUACCAGGAGUCCCACCCCCUGAAACUAGAAGGGAAUCCUGAAACAAGGAAGAGGUAGUCUCAGUGGUAGUGAACCAAGAUAGAGGUGCAUUUCAGCCAGAUAUACAGAAGUCCAUGACACCUGCAGAAGUGAAUCUAGCUAGUGCCAUUGCAAGGCCUCUUAGUUUUGCUUUAAGAAAGGCUUCUGUAGACUGGUAAGAAGCAAGUAUCACUCCUAUCUUCAAGAAAAACAAGAGAAGACACAAGACUGUCAGCCUUAAUGCAGUCCCUGGGAAGAUGAGGAAGAGUAUCUUCCCAGAAAGCAUUUCUGAGCACAUGGAAGAUAGUAAGGUGAUUGAAGAAAGAUUUAGAAAAGGGAAAUCAUCCUUGACCAACUUGAUUUCAGUCUACAGUGAGGUGAUUAGCUUGAUGGACAGUGGGAAAACAGUCUGUGUUCUUUACCUUGACUUUAGUAGGCAAAUUGGCGAAGUACAGGAUAGAUAAGUGGAUAGUGAGAUGAAUUAAAAAGAGACAGAAUGAGUGGGCACAGUGGGUUUGUUAUCAGUAUCACAAAGUCCACUUGGAGGUAAGUCACUAGUGGAGUGCACAAAGGCUGAAUACUGUGGCCAGUACAAUUCAACAUCUUUGCUAAAGACCUGGAUGAUGGCAUGGAAUGCACCUUCAGUAAGUUUGCACGUCAUACUGAAUGGUGAGGAGUGGCUGAUAACACCAUGUUGAUUGUGCUGGUCUUAAGAGGGGCUUUGGUCCAAAGAACUGUACAGAGGAAGAGUCUAAUGAGUUAAAAAUCUUGCUCCCUGAAGAAUUACCUAGGCACCAGUAUGGCCUUGGGGCUCACUGUCUGCAAAGCAAUUUUGUUGAGAAAGGGCUUUGAGGUCCUGGCAGACAGCAGACUGGCCAUGCAUCCUUGCUGCAAAACAGGCUGAUGGUAUCCUGAGUUGCACUGGGAAGCUUUGCAAGCAGAGUGAGGGAGAUAAUCCUUCUUUCCUACUCCUCACUACUGGGGCUGCAUUUGGCAUGCUGUGUCCGGUUGUAGUCUCCCAAGUAGAAGGAAGACAGUGGCUUGAUGGAACAAGUCUAUGAGAGACUGAGAGAACUGGAACUCUUCAGUCUGGAAUACAGAAAGCUCAGAGGGAUGUUAUCAAUGUGUGCAAGUAUCUGGAAGGAGGGAAUGAGGAGAAGGGAGCCAGACUCUUCUCAGUGACACCCAGUGUUUGGACAGGAGGCAUGGAGGCAACUUAAUACACGUUAAACUCCACUUGAGCACAAGGAAAUAUUGUUUAUUGGGUUUUUUUGUUAGUACGUUUUUACACUGUGAGUGUGGUCACAGAGAUUGGAGAGACUAUGGAGCCUCCGUCCCUGGAGAUUCUCAAAGCCUAACUGAAUGCAGUCCUGGACUGCCUGUUCUAGCUGACCAUGCUUGAGGAGAUUUGGGUGAUCCUCAGAGGUCCCUUCCAACCUGAAAGAUUCUGUGGACACUGACUUAGCAAUUUUCAACAGACAGUGUUAAGGACCACACUCUGCAAAUGAGGCUUAGCCCAAAGGUGGGUGGUGCUGAUGUGACAGUUUGAAUCUAUAGAGUAGGUUUUUGUGUGGAAAGAUGAAUAAAGAACACUGUAGAAGUGUACUGUAGAGCAGAUAUUUAAAGAUCAUGCUGAUCUCAAGUUCAGACUUGGAAAACAAUGCAGAUUUUACUUCAGUGAAGGAGAAUCCCAGGUCCUAUCUAAAGAGAAGUCUACUCAAGGCAUAAAAUAGGAUAGGGGUUGCCCAUAAACUUCUACAUGCUUGCAUUGAGUCUUUUCUGAAUAUGAUUUACUUAUCUUUAUAGUUAAAAAGUGCAUAGGGAAAAGGAAAGCCCUCUGUAAUAGUCUAGUUUUAUAAUAUAGUAAUAGGGCUGGUUCCCUUCAUUUUGGUGGAAGAAAUGCUUUGCAGAUUUGUUCUUGUUGCUUGAGUUUAAAAUCUUAGUAGAGUGCUUUAGCAACAGUUUCAAAGAAUGUUUUUCUUCGUAAGAAGAAAAUAUAUAGGAUUUGCUGUUAGCCUUUUGACUGUGUAAACUCAGUAGUUACCUGCUUUGUUAGGUAGCUUAAGAAAUAGCAGUAUUACCUUCAUAUAAAAAUGCUUUUCUGUGGGAAAGUAAAUAACAUGAAAGUUGGGAUUCAAUUUACAAUAGCUUUUUAAUGAGCAUAAAAAUUCCAUUUUUGUUACUCAAAGAAAUAGAACUUCUGGGAGAUACUGUUCAAAUAAUUUUUCAACUGCUGAUCUCUGUACAUUUUCAGUUAUAGUCCUACAACUGCAAUAGAUCUACAAGGAACUAAACAAUUGGUGGAGCAGUAUCAUAAGGGGAAAACUUAACUGCUUAAUGUUUAUGCAUAUUGUUAACACUAUAUUGUUUGUUUAAAAAAUUCCCAAUAUGUUCUGUAUUGCAUUUCUUAUGUGGUUUUUAAGUAAAAAGUGUAAAGUUGUUUUUUCAUUUUCUCUCAUCUUUUGUUAUAAUGGCAGAAGCUAAAAUCUGUGAAAUUUAAGUGUAUAAUCCUAAAAUAUGUGUAUGUUACUUUAAAAGUUAAUGGAAUUGAAAUUUUGUAAUCCAGGAUCUUGUAACAAUAGUCUAACUUGUUUAAAAAAAAAAACAAAACAAACACCUUUCUGCAACUGAAACUAUUUCAUGUAACCAUUUUCAGGUAAGAAGAGUAGUGUUAAAUUGAGGAUUUGCAGUAUCCUGUGUAUAUGUACAGUAUCCUGUACAUAUGCCUUUAGAGGCAUGUGUACAGCAAACUACUUUUUUUCCCCAUUUUCAUGCUCAAAAUACAGAACUAUAGGACUAGUAUGAUUUUUUUAAUGGAGAGAUAACAAAGCAUACAUUUCAAAAAAUAGCACGUGGAAUUACUUCAGAAUGUGAGAGAGAGCAUUAAUCCAGGAUUUGCAAGAAAGAAGCACACUUUUAAUACUGAAACAUUAAAAGCUAUGUUUUAAAAACCACUUGAUUAUUUUUAGUAAAGGCUAUGUGGGAGACAGCAGGUGACUGAGUAUUUGCCUCUAUCUUUAAAUACUAAAAUACAUGGAAAUGAAUUAACAUUCAUGAAGUUGGGAGGACAAUGAUAUUUUUAUAGUCUCCCGAGGGUUGUUUAAGUGCCAUACACAGCAAAAGCCAUUUGGUUAUUUCAGAGAAGUUCAUUCUUAGACUUUCUGAUGUCAUGAGGAUAUUAGCAUUCCAUUGUUUUAUUCCAGUAUUCCUUGUAUAAUUGAAAACUAUGUAAAGCCUAUUUGUGGUGUGUUGAGGAAGUGCUGUGGCUUUGAGAUGGUUUUGAAUAAUGACCUGUUUUCUUGGUAGGGAAGUAACAUGUUUUGUAGCUGGGGUUGGGUCUCUGCUAUUAUUUUUAUCACUUUCGUCUUUUAACUUUGUGGAUGCUUACUCCCAUUUAUUUUUUAUGGAGUGGAAGUAGACUUCAUUUGUGUGUCCUCUUUUAGCAUUCACCCUCUACUUUAAGUGUGACUAUCAGUCCAAACAUUAGAAACAAUGCUGAAAAUGAGCAACGUGUAUUAUGAUAGUUGGUGAAAUGAGGUUAGCAGUGUUUUGAGUCUCAGGUGUGAUAGUUCUAGUAUUUUUAGAAGGUGCUCAAAAAUCCAGGCGUAGGGAGACAUCUCUAAGGUUGAUACAUAGUACAGUGAGUAAAUAAAGAUCUGAAAAUGGUUGUGUCUUCAAUGCCAAUGAGCCAAAGCAUAUCUAAGGAAGUAGUCUAUAGUUGGCUUGGUUGUAAAGACACUGGUUGAGCUAUGCACAUAAAACUGUCUACCUUGCAUAGUUUUGCUUAGAUACUGGAGGAGAGAAUGUCACCAACUUGAUCCAGUUGUAUUUUGGAUAAUCUAUCAGUGGCUGUGGAUUAAUUUUUCUGUAGGAUCUGUACAAAAAUAAAAUUGGCACCCUAGGAGGUGGUGAUGUAUUUGGCCAAGAGUGAGUUCUACUUAGUAGGUGCCACUAUCACCAUGCUUGUGUAAACCAAAUUUACCUUAUUUUAAUUAGUCAUGCUUUGUGUUAAUAAUAUCUUGAGACAAACUGGCUGACGUACAUUCUGAGCUAAGAGAAAAACAACAGUGGUUUCCAAAGGUUGUUUUCCUUGGCCUUUACUGAGAUUGUAUGUCCUUACCCUUAUCUACAUCCUUUUUUAUUCUUUGUCUAUAUUUAUUGAGUGUUUCAAAAUGUUUUAAUUCCCCAAACCUUUAAGUCUUAAGAUGUUUUUUUCUACUUCAUAGUGGCUUGGUGUUUAUUGAGAUCCAUUUAUUGUGUAAAUACUGAAAGUAGAGGGCUACUGUUGCUCCCCUUGUGUCUAGCAACUCUGUGUGCUUGUUUUUUUCCCACUCUAAGUGCUGUCCUACCCAAGCAACAGUCUUGUUAGUCAUGCCUGAUUGCUUUAUCAAGGAGAAGCUAUCUUCACGCUUGCUGCCCUCCAUGAUUAGAAAAAUCAAUAUCCACCGAGCUGGAUAUUGGUGGACUUUCAUAGGAUGCUCUCAUCUAGUUGCAAUUUUUUAUGUGCCAGAGGUAAAAUAUGAAUAUUUGGUGUGGUAUGGCCGUACUCUCAGGAGGCCGGUAAGAUCUGGUAGUGGAGUUCAUUCCUUUUCUGUCACAGACAAAAUUCUGUUCAAGCUCCUGGCUUGAAAAUUGUAUUUUAUCCUCUGUUUUCUCAAACGGUCUUGUUUUGUAGCAUGACUAGGAAACUUCAGUUUCAUUUCUGUUAAUACUUUUUUUAUUUAAAUAGCUGAUCUCAAGGUACUACCACUAAACUUACAAAGAGCAGCUCUGUUUUCUUUCAACCUUAGUUUCAUUAGACUAAGCAAGAUAUAAUCCUGUAAUAUCUUAUAAAACAGGUUCUUUGUUCUCUAGUCAAAAUCCUUUUAAGCAGUUACUUCAUUUAGAAUGUGAAUGACCAGAAAGAUAAGAAUUGUUGCGGGUAAGAACUCCUUAAGUCAUAGAUGCAUAUAUCAUUUGUAAUGAAACUGUUUUGUAUACGCUGCUGGUACAUUACAGUAGAACACUGUUGCAUUUCAUCCUUAGUAGUAUGACUCAGCUCUGUUCCAGAUGCUUUCUUCACAGGUGUGGCUUUUGCAUGCCGUAGUUCUUGCAUCCAAAGUGCUAUAGCUGAGCAGUGUGAUAACCUGCAUUGUGCAGUAUACUCACAGCAUAAAAGGAAUAUAACCAAUUCUUCUCUUUUUAGUGUGUGGUUUUACUUUCUAAAACCAUGGCAAAUAACGAGUAACAUUUUAAUUUAAAUGAUUAACUUUCUGCAGUGUGACUAAAAAUGCAAUUUAAGUUGUUUUUGUGUCCCAGCUUUCCUGAACCACUGAAAGCUUAUUUGAAUUCAUGACCUAGUUAUGAAUUCCUUACUUACUGUAAUUAUUGUGGGCAGAUAUUUUCCUAGUGGGUACACAUUCAAAGAAGCCUGAGAGUAGGACUGCUUAUAGUUGGAGAAGAUGUCUUGUGCCCAUUGUAGGCUUAUUUUUCUUUGAGGUUCUCAGCAGUCUUGACUCAUUUCUAGGUCCACAGAUCACUCAGUCCACACUGGUUAAACCUGAGUGGUUGAAGCUCCUAAUUCAUGAUCAGAAUGAUAUUAAUAAAUAGCAUUUGCAGCUCAUCAAAAAACAAGUUCAUGUAGCACAUGCAAAACAAGCUGUUGAAUUUUUCCUAGUGAUUUCUUCCCAAAGCUGGAAGCUGUUAAUGGUGACAGCGUAGAUACUGUCCUAGGUUUGGCUUUAAAGAAAAACAUAGCAUGUGUGUAGUUUUCUCUUCUGAUUUAAGGAAAAAAAAAAA